AUGACGACGAGGGGUUCAGCUAAAUCAUUAUGAUUCUCGGUAGAAUCAGAGAAGUUUUUCAGGGUUUCCCGAAAUCCUUAUAGUUUGAAAGCUACCAAACUUAGCAUACUGAAUUGUAUGGCUUAUUUUUUUCGAUCCUUCAGAUAAAGAAACAUAUUUUCAGAUAAAGAAGAUUGCCGCAGGAAUGUACAAAAAAACCGACAGGCACUCUUACAACGGCUACGGUCCAGAAGACGGAAGAGAAAGGUGAAUUUUUUCCUCUGACAUUUGAUGUCAUUUUAGCGUCGGGUUCAGAAUUUUUUUAUGAAUUUGCUCAAACAAUCUUUGAUAGACUGGGAAUCGAUCCUCCAUAGUCGCUACCUGCACAAACUUUUUGUUUUGGAGAUAUGAUCUUUCAAAGUUUUUAUCCUUAACCAUGUGACGCCGUUUGGAAGGAAUGCCUCUGCAUGGCAGCUAGGAGCGUGGUGCAGUGGGUAGCGUGUUAGUUUGCGAGCCUAUGAUGAAGGUUCGAAUCCUUUUGCCGCUAACUUUUUUUGCCAUUAUUUUUUUAAACGAAUUCUGAUGAGAAUAUUAAAAAUUUCAUGAGUAAACCUUUUCCAAAUAAGUUUGAUAGCUACUUUCUUUCUAAAAUCGCCUUUUUUUAUGGACAAAAAAAUUAUGAAAAAAAUUUUUUUGAAGUUUUUAGCCGACUUCACAUUAUCAGAGACUAGUUUUUGAAAAUCAGCAGAAAAUGUUUCAGUAAAGCGCUGAACCUUCAUCAAAGAUCUUCGCCUGUCAAAAAAUGCAGCCUUAUUAAAGGGCCAUCGUCAUCUGUAGAUAAAACAUUGACGCGAAAGAUAUUGUAGCCUUGGGGGUGGAGUUAGCGGCUUGACAUUCAAAAUCUGAACAGACUAUAUAAUUUUUUUCAAUUAUAUUAAAACUUUUUUUCAGCAGCGGACACUUCACCAAGAAUGAAGUGGAAUCGUAUUGAAGGUAUGUUAUUUCACAUCUUUUUUUCAAACUCAAUCUUUUUUUGUUUCAGGAAGAUUCAAUCUGAAGAUGUUGCUUAUGAUAGCACUGCUGAACGCAUGUUAUGCUGAUUCUACCCGUAAGUUUUCACAUGAGUAUUGACAAUCUUAACAUUAUACUUUUUAUUAUUAUAGUCAUUUCACGGUAGAUCUUGGUCGCUAAAUAAAGUAUAUAUGUCUGUUCAGAUUUUUGAAUGUCAAGUCGAAUGACGUCAUUCGAAAUCGCUCUGUGGGUGGCUCGCUCUCUGAUUGGUUCAUCUCGCCAUUAGGGGAGCGGAGCUUCAGCUAGGACUUGACAUUUGAAAUCUAAACGAACUAUAGUAUCGAUCGUUUGCUGCGGACUUAGGAGCCCGUGUUUUUUUGAAUGAGUAGUUUUAUAAAAAGUUUGGACUUUAUAGUUGGAAAUGCCAAAAAAAUUGAAGAGAUUUUUAAAAUAAAAAAAUACCAUGAUCAUGGUUUUAAUACCAGCUGAUUAGCAGUUAUAGUCUGUUCAGAUUUUUGAAUGUCAAGUCGUCGCUCAAGCUCCGCCCCUAAUGGUGCGAUAAAACAAUCAGAGAGCGAUUCAUCCACAGACUGUUUUUUUGAAUGACGUCAUUGCACUUGACAUUAAAAAAAUCUGAACAGACUAUAAUGCUCUUCUCUAAGCUGCAGUCGAUGAAGAUUUUUUUAACUUGCAGAAUCUUGCUGCAAAGAGGCCCAUGUACGCGUACGGGUCUGGAGACGCUAAACCAUCGGAAUGCACAUCUGAGAAGGUCAAGUGUACCGAAGCGCUGGUUUAUGUGGACCAGGGUCGAGGCAAUGGACCAGUCUGUUUGUUUUUAUUGGCGGCGGAGAAGAGCAGUACGAUCACAUUGAUCGAAACCGACGUGAAUGUCAAAUUCCUCAAAGAAAUCAUCCACAAGGGGCCGGGCACGUUUCUUUCCAUAAUGAAAAAAAAAUGAGCUUCCAUUAUGAAUUUUCCGCUACUUAUCAGUGACAUUGCGCUGCUAUUUAAAGUGCUUCGGGCACCGUGUAAACCCAAAAAAAAAGUUUUUUUUUACUUCGAGGAACUGACUUUAUCUUCAAAGCGGAAAUUAUUUUUCUUGCCAUGGUAUAGUCGAUGUGCCACGACUUAAAAUUUCAUGGAGCGACACUCCGGUGGUGGCCUUGUGGUCGUGAAAGCGCCUUGCCUUUGCGAAUUUCGGUCGCGCUUUCCAUUUUUUCUUUCAUUUGAAAAUUUCACUGUUUUAAUUAUGUUUCAAUAGUUUUCUUCGUGCCAAACUCAUGAUUAUCAUUGCUAGUGGGUAGACUGUUUCAUUAGAAAUAAAUAAAGUUAACUACUUCUCGAAUUUUAAGCGAAAAAAAAUGCGUUUAUAAUAUUGAUUUCAACGUCCCUGACAUGCAACAUUCUUCCAUUUUUCACUUGUAAUUUUUUUCAAAUCAUUUAAAAAAACAUAUCCCGAUCAGAAAUAAAACACAAUGAAUGUUUAAAAAAACAAAUUAAUGUUUCAACAUUGACGAAUUUAUACAAAAAUAGAUACAUAAGUUCAAAGGAAAAAAAUCAUUAGUUUUCUGGACUUUUUCGUUCAGCACAUCGUUUCCACUGUUCCAAGUGCCCACUGUUCACGCCUCAUUUCUGACGCAUUAUCUAAAGCUCCAUCUAAAAAAAAGGAACCAAAACCUUUCUUCAAAUUAUGUUCCAUUGCAAAGCUCGAAAAGGCAAUAAUCUCUUCAUAUUGAGCAUUUUCUGCAAAUUCUUGUAUUCUUGUCGGUUGAAAUUAUCAAAAAGCAUUAGCAAGAGAACAGUGAAUGAUAUUUAACCUCGAUGAAAAUUUUUUUUCCACAAAACGCCGCAAAGACUUGUGAAGUUGAAAAUAUCGCGUCUUUAAAACCAAACGUUACUCUGCAAUUUCGAUGUCAGUGGGAUAUGAAAAACUAACCUCGUCUUAGAUCCCUAUGGAUAAGCUUCUUCCUUCCUUGCCAACCUUUGAAAUCUCGUCCAGAUUCCCUCAAUAAAAUCAUGUCCAACGGCAAUAAAAAGUGAAAGAACAAAAAUAAAGGAGUUGAUUUAACCUUAUGUUGACUGAAACCGAUCUCUCUAUUUCAUUGUGCUCAUGGAAGUUCACGUCUUCAUUUUUAUAAGACACUCACUUUCUGGAAAAAAUCCAUUAACCACUGCAAACAGAAAAAAAAACCAUGAAAACAUUUAAAAAAAACACAGAAACUUUUGUAGAAUAUUGUGGUGUUUACGGCCUAUUUCACCCGCAAAUCUUUUUUUGGUAAAUCUUUGAAAACUUUUUUUGAGAAACGAGAAAAAAACAAUAUUAAAGCGAUUGACGAAUACAUGAAGUUUUUUUAAAUUUUUUUCUAUCGCUUUUUUUCGAGAAAGAUCAUGAAAUUUACUGUGUUCUUUCGUUUACAUUUGUACAACACAAUCCUUCUCAACGGUAAUAAUACAUUUUAACGGAAUAAAAUAAUUAAAAAACGAUCAAAAAUAGAAUGAAAACCAAAAAAAAAAAAUUAGCGUGGCCGAGGUUGGCGAAUUCGCAAAAAGCGCGCUAUCGCACAAAUCGAAACAGCGGAGUGUCGUUCCAUGAAAUUUCAAAAUUUUUAUUUUUUAAUAGCUUCUUCUGUUUUCAGGUCCAGCUUUGUCACUGAUUAACAGCACUUUGGGCUCAGAAUCUUUCAUUAAUUUGGAAAAAAUCGAAGUCGAUGACGUCUCUAUUUACUGCGACGGCACUACCGACUUGAUCAAGAUUGUAGGAAGUAUCCCUCAAGAUAUAGUCGACCGACUGCACAGAGUGGGAAAUAAGGUACGAUUUUUCUUUGAAAGAAUGAUGAGAAAUUAAAUAUCUCACAGUGUUUUCAAAGGCUCGACUUAAGUUUUUCUAGGAGAGAAAAAAAUUAAAACAAAACAACACAAUUCUUUUUGAAGCACUUGAAUAUGACGUUUUCUAGCUUCAUUUUCAAAAAUGUUUCUUUUUAUAGGCGCACAGAAAAAUAUUUUCAUGAAGAUUCAAGAGUGGAAAGCUCUUGAAUGACUCUUUGGACAUCCUAGCAAACUUUUUUAAGGACAUGAAUCGAUAUCUAAACCAAAAAGUGUUUACAGAAAGUAUGACUUUUUUCCAGACCCUUGAAGCCUGCAAGUCAUUGACGACUACUCAGCCGACGGUUCUUGGCGCGACCCAGCGAGCAGGAGUCCCUAGAUCGAACUCUUCUGCCGCGGUGAUCUCCCAAUUGUGCACGCAGAAGAUAGAUGCCGAGAAGGAGAAGUGCUCUAGCAACAGUGAGUUUAAGGAAAAAAGUAACGAAAAACUGAAUUUUAGUGAUUGAAAGAUAGACUAGACGCUUUUGAAAAAAAUGAUUAAUAUAUUUUUGAAAAAAUAAAUUCAGUGAACAUAAUGGGUAUUAAAGGAUGUAAAUUGUAGAGAUUUUUUUGCGGUGAGAAAAAUGUUGAACCUAGCCUUUUUUUCAGAUGUCAUUUUUAUAAUAUGUGUACAUCAUUGAGUUCUUUGAAUUAUCGACCAAAUUGAGAAGAGUUAUCUGGGCUUUUUCUUCACAGACACGCUGCUGUACAUCGCCUGUGCAGUGAUAGUGGUCCUUUUGAUUGUGAGCAUCGUUUCGACGAUCAUCGCCCCUCAAGCUCUACUUAUGGCGCCACAAAGUUUUUUUCUUAUUUUUCUGAACACUUUCACACCUUUCAUAUUCAAAAAUUGGUUAAAGUCCUUUUUGAGUGAAAAAAACGUGGAAUUUUGUGCCGAAAAAUGACUUAUUGUGGUUCUAUGUGUCUUUCCCGACUUAUUGAAAAAUUUUUAAAAAAAGUUUUUCUUUACAGAUCUAGUUUAGUUCAUCCACCUAGUGGUAUUUUUUCUCCUCUGCAACAUCGCCAUACCAUUCUGAUGUUGCGAAAAUGAAGAGUUUGAUUGAUUCGAAUAAAAAAUUUAAUUUGACACUGAAAAUGUUGCUGAAAGGCUUUUUUUUUUGCUUUAAAGGGAAAAUUUGGUCAAAACACAGCAGUUAAUAUUGAAAAUUGAAAAAAAAAGUUCCUUCGCAUUUUGCUGUCGCAAUAAAAAAUAAUUACCGUAAAUCAGUACAAAACAGAUAAAGAUACAGCUGAAAUAAACAUGAAAAAUCACGUGAAGCACUUGAGCAACAAGAAAUUCAAAUGUUCGCGCGCAAGCUGUCUACCGUAAAUCUAGGUGGAGCAACCCUUCCAAGCAGCUCCACAUUUUCAAUAAUUUUACAUUUUCUCCCACUACGCAGAACGCCGUGUUCUCACGGUGUUUUUUUCAUCACUAAGAAUAACUGCCGAGAUAAACGCGAGACACUGGCGGUACAUUGACGAGCUCGCAAACAUCUCGCUUUUUUUCUCGCGCCGGUCUCGCAUUUUUCUGGGCGCGAGCUCGCAUUUUUCUAGGCGCGAGCUCGCAUUUCUCUCGCAAUUUGAAAAUUUCCGAAAUGCGAGAUAAAUGCGAGAUGGCGCCAAGAAAAAUGCGAGGUCGCGCCGAGAGAAAUGCGAGAGCGCGCCUAGAAAAAAGCGAGAUGUUUGCGAGUUCGUCAAUGUACCGCCACCGACCUCGCGUUUAUCUCGUCAGUUAUUCUUAGUGAUUACGCAAGGUCAAGACUUUUCGUAAAUUAUGAUGCUUAGGGUGUAAGCACACCGAGACGCACUAUCGCAUACUCAAAAAUGUUUUUAAAUUUUUAUAAUUUGCGAUUUCAUGAUCACGGUGUUUCUUUUGCGACGCCCCGCCCAUUUUUUUCUCCGUCAAUUAGGACGUGUUUAGUGCAUGCACCGAUACGUAAAGACGGUUGCCCGCGAAUUGUUUAUUUCAAAUUUCAUUUCGCGAUGGACGUAUUUAUUAGUUUUUUUAUUUUAUUGUUUCAUAAAUGUUAGGAAGUUGUCUAACAUUCUUUUAUAAUGCUUCUGAGGGUUAUGUGUUUCCACAUACGGAAACUGUGCUGGAAGCGAUAUAUCUAUCUUGUAUGUAUUCGAAGUUUGUCAGAAUUCAUGAAUUGAAUUCUGAUGAACCCGUCAGUAAAUUUUGAGCUUUAUGUGGAAUGUUUGAUGCCGCUCUCAGAGUGAUUUACGCCAAGUUCCGGAGAUUGGUAAACUUGCUGCUGAAGGGAAUCUAA